AUGUCGGCGACAACCCAAGAGAUCCCUGCCGAACUGUAUUCGUCUUUGGAGAAGCACGAUGCGGCCUUCACCCAGCUGCUCUCCCUCAUCCCCGCCCAGUACUAUAUCGCCCUUGCCCCGGAGGAGGCCGACAACAAGUGGAUGAUCAACAAGAAGAGAAAGACUGGAGAGGAGCUCAAGGAGAGUAAGAAGAAGUCCAAGCACGCCAAGCUUGACCCUGCCAACAACCGUACCACCGUCGAAAUCCUCGCCCAAGGGUCUGGCGCCGCCCCCGCCCUCACCCCCCUCCCCCCUUCCGCCUCCAUCUCCGAACUGCGAGCCAAGCUCCAAAUGCGUCUCGACCACUUCAGACGCAACCGCGCUGCCGACGCCGGCGACUCGUCUUCCUUCUCCACCGGCGCGGCUGCCCAAGGCGAGGAUGCUGCUUCCCGAGACGCGUUGGAGCAGGAGCAGAGGAGAAAGCGGGGAGAGAUGAGGGAUAGGAGGAGGAAUGAGAGGAAGGAGGAGAGGAGGAAGGAGAAGGCGGAGAAGGAUGUGAAGAAGGAGAAGAAGGCGGCGCAGAAGGGCCCGGCGGACGUUUCUGCCAAACCCGCCAAAACGCAACUGAUCGUCCCCCAACUCCCCGCGCACCAGGAAGACUCGCUCUCGUUCCCUUCAGUCUCCCUCCCCUCGUCGUCGUCGGGGCCGAAAUCGCAGUACAAGCGUAUCGCCAACCCGUCGCAGGCGCUGGCGCAUUUGGAGAACCAGAAGGCCAAGUUGGCGGCGUUGCCGGAGGAGAAGAGGAAGGAGGCGGAGGAGAGGGAGAGGUGGGCGAAAGCGGAGGAGAGGGCUAGUGGGGGAAAGGUUGCGGACCAGGAGAAGGUUUUGAAGAAUGCUGUCAAGAGGAAGGAGAAGGGCAAGGCUAAGAGUGGAAAGGAAUGGUCCGAGCGUAAGAGAGAACUCCAAAAAUCGUCCGAAAUCUCCAUCAAGAAGCGAAACGACAACCUCGCCAAACGUCUUGAGGAUAAACGCAACAAGCGGGCUGGUGGAUCUGCCGACAAGAAGAAGGGAGGGAGUGGGGGGAAGAAGGGGGGAAGUGGGGGAGGAGGGAAGGGAGGGGCGAGUGGGGGGGCGAAGAAGGGGGGGAGGCCGGGGUUUGAGGGGGGGAAGGGGAAGAAGUAG